AUUAUCUUUUUCCCUUCCUUUCAGAAUAAAAGACGGAGCUAUGAUAGCGACUGGGGGAGUGAUAACCGGCCUGGCCGCCUUGAAAAGGCAAGACUCUGCCCGAUCACAGCAUCAUGUCAGCCUCAGCCCCUCACCUGCUGCCCAAGAGAAGAAACCCGUCAGGCGUCGGCCAAGGGCUGAUGUCGUGGUUGUUCGAGGCAAAAUCCGGCUUUAUUCCCCCUCUGGUUUCUUCCUCAUUUUAGGAGUGCUUAUCUCCAUUGUUGGAAUUGCAAUGGCAGUCCUUGGAUAUUGGCCCCAAAAAGAACAUUUUAUUGACGCUGAGACCACACUGUCCACAAACGCAACUCAGGUCAUUCGGAACCAAAGUGGCGUGGUGGUCCGCUUCUUUGAGCAGCAUUUACAUUCUGAUAAGAUGAAAAUGCUUGGCCCCUUCACCAUGGGGAUUGGCAUUUUCAUUUUCAUUUGUGCUAAUGCCAUUCUUCAUGAAAACCGUGACAAAGAAACCAAAAUCAUACACAUGCGGGACAUCUAUUCCACAGUCAUCGACAUCCACACGCUAAGAAUCAAGGAGCAAAAGCAUAUGAAUGGCGUCUACACGGGUCUGCUAGGAGAAACUGAAGUCAAACAGAAUGGGAGCUCCUGUGCCUCGAGACUGGCAGCGAAUACCAUUUCCCCUUUCUCGGGUUUUAGGAGCAGUUUUCGGAUGGACAGCUCUGUCGAAGAGGAUGAGCUUGCGCUAAAUGAAAAUAAGAGUUUGGGGCACCUUAUGCCACCUUUGCUCUCCGACAGCUCUGUCUCUGUCUUUGGCCUGUAUCCAUCUCCUUCCAAGACAACCGAUGAUAAGACAGGUGGCUCUAUGAAAUGUGAAACCAAGUCAAUUGUGUCGUCAUCCAUCAGUGCUUUCACAUUGCCUGUGAUCAAACUUAAUAACUGUGUUAUUGAUGAGCCCGGUAUCGAUAACAUCACCGAGGAUGCUGAGAACCUCAAAAGUCGGUCGAGGAAUCUGUCUAUGGAUUCCCUUGUGGUCCCUUUGCCCAACACCAAUGAGUCCUUCCAGCCGGUCAGCAUGCUGCUCCCUCGGAAUAAUUCCAUUGGGGAGUCAUUGUCUAGUCAGUACAAGUCCUCUGUGGCCCUUGGACCUGGGGCUGGCCAGCUCUUGUCUCCUGGGGCUGCUAGGAGACAGUUUGGGUCCAACACAUCCUUGCAUGUGCUCUCAUCACAUUCAAAAUCCUUAGACUUAGACCGAGGUUGCUCCACCCUAACUGUUCAGGCAGAACAACGGAAACAUCCAAGUUGGCCUCGGUUGGAUCGAAGCAACAGCAAAGGAUAUAUGAAACUGGAGAACAAAGAGGACCCGAUGGAGAGGUUGCUUGUGCCCUCAACUGCAAUCAAAAAAGACUUUACCAAUAAGGAGAAGCUGCUUAUGAUCUCAAGAUCUCACAAUAACUUGAGUUUUGAACAUGAUGAGUUUUUGAGUAACAACCUAAAGCGGGGAACUUCUGAAACAAGGUUUUAAUGUUA